AUGCCGGGUGAAAACAAGUACGCGGCUGGGGUGUCUGUCGUCCAGCCAAAAAGGACACUCUUAAUUAGUCUUGCGGUCCUGCUCUGCAUUUUUGCCCUUUUGGCGGUCACUUUCUUCGGUACCACUCUCUACUUUCGGCUGUCCAACAGCCGUGUCCAAGGCGACACUGUCGGCAGUGGAGGCGAAGAUGGGGUAUGGGGACCAGGAAUGACAGGUAGAGGGUGGACCCCUAGGGUAAAGGACGUGCGCCUCCCCUUCACUGUCAUCCCCUUGUUUUACGACCUGCGGUUGCAGGCCAACAUCUACGGGUCAAACGCAAGCAAAUUUGACUUCAAUGGGUCAGUCUCCAUGCUCCUGCAGUGUCAUGAGGCUACCGACUUCUUCUACGUCCAUGCGCAUAACGACAUGGUCGUCAAACUAGAUGCCGUUCGGCUUUACAGAGAAAACAGCACUGAGAAUUUGCUCGAGAACAUUUCCUACGACCGAGCAAGACAGUGGUACAAGCUGAAACUCUUCAAGAUGCUGGAAGCCAAUAAACUUUACCGACUAAACUUUGGCGCAUUUAGGGGUCCACUCACCAUCAACCUUCGAGGAUGGUACCUCGCAACAAGUCAACUACAACCGACCGAUGCUAGAAGGGUUUUCCCAUGCCUGGACGAACCAGCCUUUAAAUCCAUAUUCAAAAUCACACUUGUUCGUCGAAAGAACUUUACCUCUAUGUCAAAUAUGCCUCUUGAUCAGUCCAACGACAUCGGCGGAGGGUGGGUUGAGGACGUCUACAUGCCCACCCUGAAUACCUCGACCUAUCUUCUUGCAUUUUUCGUUUCCCAAUUCGAGAGUUUGCCUGGUCUUGAUUCCAAGGGCAGAAACUUCACAAUUUGGGCUCGACCGGAUCUUAUUUCUGCUGCCGACUAUGCCCUUCAAGUUGGCAAGAAAAUCAUCGGAUUUUUCGAAGACUACUUCGAACUGGACUACCCUCUAGAAAAGACAGAUAUGGUUGCGGUGCCCCACUUUGCCGCGGGAGCCAUGGAGAACUGGGGGCUGCUGAUCUACCGAGAGGCGACUCUCAUUUGGGAUCCGGUCAGUGGAACGGAAUCUGCGCGCCAAAAAGUCGCAACCGUCAUUUCACACGAAAUUGCCCAUCAGUGGUUUGGGAAUCUUGUGACGUUGGAGUGGUGGGAUGACCUCUGGUUAAACGAGGGCUUCGCAACCUUCGUUGAAUACAUUGGCGUGGCCCACGCUGAACCGACAUGGCAAAUGGAUGAACAGUUCGCCGUACUUCAGUUGCAAAAAGUCCUCUUCAUAGAUUCUCUGUCUACCACUCACCCCGUAUUCAUGCCGGUUGCACACCCGGAUGAAAUUAACGAGAUUUUCGACACCAUUUCAUAUAAUAAGGGUGCCUCAAUUUUGCGGAUGAUGGAGGCGUUUCUCGGACGAGAGGUGUUCCGCCAGGGCCUCAAGAUUUAUCUGUCCAAACACAAGUUCAGAAACACGGAACCCUCCGACCUAUGGGACGCCCUUACAGAGGCCAACGCAGUGUCAAAUAACCAUAUCAACGUGCACCAAAUAAUGAACGUUUGGAUCAAACAAGCCGGCUAUCCUCUUGUGACUGCAAAGCGACUGGGAAAAAAUCGCUUUGAACUGAGGCAACAGCGGUUCCUCCUUGGUCUUGGACAGGAUAAUGCCUCCUCAACCGCCACAUCUGCAAACAAUAAGCUUUGGAGCAUUCCAAUCACCUAUGCAACAGCAUCUGAAGAUCAGGAAACCGCUGAAAGCCGAAUUUUGUGGAUGGACAAUGAAACGCUAGAACUGGAAAUCGAUGUUCCAGAGGGUCAGUGGUAUGCACUUAAUCUCCGACAAACUGGGUUCUACCGGGUAAACUACGAACUGGAGAACUGGCUCACGCUUACCGAAGCCCUCCUCAACAACCAUGUGGAGGUGCCGCGGCUAAUGCGUGCUCAACUGAUCGACGACAGUUUUCACAUUGCUAAUCAGGGCGCAUUGCGAUUCGAGGUUUUCUUGAACUUGACACGGUACCUACGUAAUGAGAGGGAUUUCGUCCCCCUGAACUCGGCGAACCGCGCCUUCAACUACCUCUAUGACAUGUUUGUCAUGCACGACGGUUACGAGACCUUGAAGCUUUACGUUCGCAGUCUCGUCGCUGAGGCCUACAAAGACAUUGACUGGAGCGCCGAUAAGUCAAAAGAUAAUCACCUUCUUAACCUAGCGAGGCAAAUCAUCGUUUCGAUGGCUUGUGACGCUGAAAACAGCGAUUGUAUCAAGAGAUCUCUGAAGCUGUUCAGUGAAUUUAUGGCCGAUCCAUCAAACAACAAGAUUCCGACGAGCCUAAGUAGAACAGUCUACUGUACGGCUGUUCGUGAAGGUGGAGUUGCCGAAUGGGACUUUUUGAAGCAACUGAGUACGAAGGUUCUGCACGAGGAGGAGAAAUACCGGAUCCUCGAGGCCCUGGGCUGUACACGUGACUUUGUCCGUCUGAGGACGUACGUACGGGAGUUAAUCGAUGAUGCAAUAUCAAAGCAUGAUGACCUCGAUCUCCCAGCCUCUCUGAGCGGAAAUCCGAUUGGCCUUUAUGUGAUCUACGACACAAUCAAACGGGAAUGGCCCAACAGAAACCAAAGCUACAAUUCUCCAUUCAAAAUGAUUCUGAAGGCCGUGGAAAAACGUGGAAUCAUCAUCGAAGCCCUGCCUAUAAAAGAUGAUCUUCUGCGAAUGAAUGCCACAGUUCACCUUGAGGCCGAUCGGCAAACGGGUCGCUCCAUCAACCGGCUCCUUAUGCAAUCCAAACGCGACAAAAAUUGGCUGCUUAAGUACUCCAGCAUCAUCCACGAGUGGCUUAAGCGACAAGCCUAA